AUGGCAAAUGAAGAAGAUGAAUGUGACUCGUCAAGUCUAUUGACUGUCGCUAGUCAAUCUGAUGUUACUGCAUUUUUACAUGCACAAGCAGCAAAAAUAACCGGUUUAAAUUCAAGUAUCAGUGAUGAUGAUGAUGAUGAUGAUGAUGAGAGUUCUAUAUUUCAUAGUUCUUUAUCAAGAUAUACUCAAAUUUCAUCAAAAAAUCUAAAUAAUCAUAAAAAAACAUAUUUAAGUCAUUCUUGUUUUGCUUCAAUAUCAAAUUCAUCAUCAUCAUCACAAAAACAAACUAUUUCAGAUGAUUUAACUGAAUUAAAAUGGUUAAAUACAUUUAAAUUAAAAGAAUAUAAAGAUAAUAAAAUUAAUAAUAAUUUAAAAGAAAAAAUUUUUCAACAUAUAAAUUCAAAUGAUGAUCAAAUAAGUAAAUUAUGUAAUGAUUUAAAAUUUUAUGAUGAUGAAAAUAUAAAUAUAAAUUCUUUAUCAUUUGGUGUUCUUAUAUUUCUUGCUUUAUAUUCUAAACGUUAUGAUAAACAAACAUCAUGGUUAUUAACUAUAAAACAAUUAUAUGAAUAUAUACAAAAUAAUAUAAAACAAAUAACAAAUAAACGUGGAUGGAAAGAUUUAUUAAAACAAACAUUAAUAAAUAUUCCAUGUUUUGUUAAAACUAAACAUUAUAUACUUAAAUCACGUUCUGUAUGGACAAUUGAUCCAUAUUAUCGACCAUUAUUAACAAGAGCUUAUUUAACUCGAUUAUCAUUACAAACGAAUAAAACAAUAUCGACAAAUCAAAAUGAUGAAAAACAAAUACUUUUAGAUAAAAAUGAUUUUUCCGAAUCAAUUAUUAAUAAUUUUGCACCUAAAUCAACUGUGAAAACGAAAGUACUUCCUCGUCUUUAUGAACGACUUUGUGAAGAAAAAACAGAUAAUGAAUUUGAAGAUGAAACAGAUUCAAAUAAUAUUGAUAAACAUCAAUAUACACAAAUUUCAGAUGUUUAUUUAGAUAAUAAUGAAACAUGUCACUUCGUAUCAUCUUCAACAUGGAUAACAAAAUUAACUAAACGAAAUAAAGUACAUUCAGAUAUCGAAUCAAACUCAUCAACAUUAAAUAAAAAUCUUUGUUUGUCAAGAUUAACUAUUAUUACUCCAUGUCCAAGUGUCGAUCACAUGUAUUUAAAUCCAAUAGAACAACAAAAUAAUUCAAUGACGAAAAGAACUAAAUCAACUGAAUAUAAUGAACCAUCUAUUGAUGAAGGUGAUGAAUGUGAUAGUAGUUCAUUAAUAAAUUCAAUUCAUAAAUCAACUAUUACAACUCGAGCUCAAAUAUCAAGAAAACAAACUAUUCAAAAUACGAUUAAAAAAGAUUGUAUUCAACGUCGAAAAUUUUCUUCAUCAAAAAAACGUUAUUCUCUUACAUUACCAUUAAAUCGACCCAAUACACGUAUAAAUAGAAAAAUAAUUGAACAAGAUUUAGAAUUAUUACGACAAGCAAAUAAUAAUUUACAACCACUUGAUCUUUCUCUCAUAUCUUCUAAUCAAUCAUCAUCAUUUAAAGAAUCAAAACCAAAACAAACUAUUCAUACAAUAAAUCAAUCAAUAAAAAGACAUACAAAGACUGCUACUGAAGAUACACUCGAUCUUUCUCUCACUUGA